AUGGCUGACACUGGGGGAUACAACCUGGACCUUGACAACCAGAAACGCAAUGUGUUCGUCACGCAACUCAACGAAAGAGACGAUGAGGACGAAAUCACAGCGUUCCCCGUUGUCAAGGAGUCUGGUGACAAGCUCAUUGAAACGGGGAUCAACACACUUCAGAAAACGUUAUUGCUCAAGAAACAGGUGGAGGUGGAAGCAGUUGACAUUGAGCUGUACAAAAAACGACAAGAGUUCAAACGUAAAAUGGAGCAGUGUGCACAGCGUCAGAUUGACAUCCAGAAGAGGCAGCAACAGAUGAAAGAUGAAUUUACUAAUUGUGAAAAAUACAUCAAAGACUAUGAUGCCAAGAGGAGGCGAGCUAUACAGAAGUACCAGACAGAACUUAAACUCAAGGAACAGAAAACGAAGGAGCUAGAAAUGUUACUACAACAAAUGGAAGAUCUAAAGAGAAGGCAAAAACAUUUAGAAAGAUCUGUGAUUAGAUACAAGAAGUUUUCAGAUUUCCUGAUGAGGGUGAUAGACAUAAUGCCUGAAGAUUAUAUUCCUACCACCGAUGACAAGGUGAAAGGUCUUAUGAUGAGGCAUCGGACAUUGAGCGAGUCCAGUAAAGCUCUCAUAGAUAAGCUGGAGUCAGCUGGUGAUGAGAUGAAAGAACUAAGACAUGACUUGGAUGAAAUAAAGGGGGAGCACACAAACAUGAAAAUGUCAAUCAACGGUCAAUUGGCUCGAUUACAACAUGAACAUGAACAUAAAGAAGAAAGCAACAAGCAGAGUGAGCAACACUUCGCUGCUAACAAAGGAAAUAUGAGGUCAAAGCGAACAGAAUUUGGAGUGAUCAUGAUGGCUAUAGACAACAUCACAGAGAAGUGUCUAAAGGCCCUCGACACAUCGGUGGAGGGCCUCACUUUGGAACAAAAACUCAAAAAAAUUGGGGAUCAUGUAGUGGAGCGGGAGGAUGUUGCUCGUAUGGCCAUGCCCAGUGACUCGACCACAGCGAAGGAGAGCAGCAGAGGCAACAGUGCAGAUCUCCAAAAGUCAAAAGCCAAGAAAAAAGUUGUUGUAACUGGUCCAUCAUGA